GGAGGAACUUCCAGCGGAACUUGCGCGCAAGGAUAUGGCGUGUGUUGCAUAUUCACUCUGAGCUGUGGAGGCAAAAGCUCUGAAAAUUGCACCUAUCUUGUUCAAUCCACCACUUCAAAUCCUAGCUUCAAUCCUUGCACCUUCACCAUUUGCAAAUGCUCUUCCAACAUUUGCCGGAUCAGAUUGGACUUUGUGAACUUUUCAAUUGCGGGACCUUCAGUGGGAACUGCUUCAAGCAGAGUCGUUGCGUCCAUAGGAGGUUCCAUAGGAGAUUGCACCACGGAUACGUUCAGUGUUACUGCACCCAAAAAUAUGGGCUCCCCAAUCAUUUGCGGCUUCAACACUGGCCAACACAUGAUCUUGGACGCGUCCGAUAAAUGCCACAAAGCCGCGUUUGAUUUUGGUAGAUCUGGUAUAAACCGACAAUUUGAUAUUAAAGUGACCCAAUACGCGUGUGGAGAUGAAAAUGGAGGACCCGACGGAUGUCUUCAAUAUUUCACGGGGAACACUGGAACCUUUGCUAGUUUCAACUUUCCGACGUCGUCCAGCACUGUAGCUUCCACAGUGACUCACUUGUCGAAUCAGUGUUACACGAUUUGCUUUCGUCAAGAACAAGGCAAGUGCGCCAUUUGUUACUCGACAGUCAUUAUGGGAACCGCCGCAGCCAUUGAUCAAGGAUCGUUUGGCCUCUCCAAGAGCUCCUUGAACAGUGCCGCCAAAGGACGCCAGGAUACGGGUUGCGAUACGGACUAUCUGCAGAUUCCCGGAGCCCAAAGAGACGCUGAACCCGCUGCUGAAAUGUUUGUCGUGGGAUCGAUCGCUGCUUUUGUUCACAGUCGAAUCUGUGGACGAUUCUUCAGUUUCACCGAUGCUGCCACAAUCGACGGGGGAGUGGAUAACACCGAAUCCAUUUGUACUCAACAACGACCCUUCCGCGUGAUUUUUAAAACCGAUGGAGAUGAGGACGCCAUUGGCAUCUCAUCCGCCACGGCCAAUGAGCAAGGGCAACUUCCAGGGGGGAUCAUUGGAUUCCAUCUCAAUUUUGCGCUGCAGGAUUGCUAACUGGCAAUCAACGAAAAUCUGUAGAUACUAGCCUGGUCAGGCAUACCUUUUGCCACAAAUGUAAAGCUGCAAAGUGAGCCGUAUUUUGUUGAUAAU